AUGGUCGACGCACCAAAAAAUGUGGUGGCUCACAAGCAAAAGGGUGGCGCCUUCGGUUCCUCGGGAGGCACAGUACGUCGACGUGGCACUGGAAAAAUCAUUCUUGCUGCUUGGUCACUUAUCUACGGAGUCACUGCAGAGCUCAUCUACGCGAUAGUCCUGACGAUAAUGGUGAGGAGACAACAUCGUCGUCUGUCAUGCUACAAGAUAAUGAUCGUCUUAGGUGUCGUCGACAUGUGUGCAAUCGCCCUGAACUCCAUUCUUAGUGGAUACUUAUGGUUGGUUGGCGCCAACUACUGCAUGUGUCCGACACUUAUUUUCGUCUCCGGAUCUAUAGCACUUGGUUGGUUUUUGAUCUCGCUAACCCAGAGUUCGGAAGGCGCAAACUAUAGGUGUGAAGUUCUGAGAAGGGAAAUGGCGAUUGCUCUGUUCCAAGGCAAUCGUACCUUCGUUGUUCUGCUGAUUCCUCUUUUCUAUUUGUUUUAUUUCACGUUUUUCACACCUCCUCUUAUAUUCAAUUCGGAUCGCAUGGCAUGGUUCUUCGCCACAUUUGCUGAUGGCCAUGAUAUCGACAAGUUCUUCAACUACCCUCACACUGCUAAUAAUCUACUUAUCGUAAUUCUCACUUGCCUAUUGUAUGUGCAGUAUUCUCGAGUUUUAUUCCGUCACUCUAAAGCGAGCACUGGACUCACAUGGGCACAGAAAUCAUUUUUCUUGCAAACGUCAUUGAUCUGUGUCUCUAAUCUUAUUGCGGCAUUGAUCUACGUAUACAUGAAUUUCUUCCCAACACCGGCAUAUUUCGUUGUGGUAGGACACAUUUGCUGGCAACUAGGUCAUGGUACGGAUAUGUAA